UGAGACAAAUCAUUCGCAAAAUUAACUUCAGUACAAAAGUAAUUUCCCUGGACAAAAUGGAAAAUAAAUUAAGCCGGAGCAGAAGUAUAAGUGAAAAUAUUUCUUUUGAGAGCAUGUCUAGCUCAUUACAAGACUCAUCUGAGCCCAAACCUCAGAAGAAUGUAAUAGUUCAGAGAGGAACUGUGGGUCGUCUGAAAAUCCCAAUUUCGAAGAACUCUGAUGACAAACUAUUUGGUCGGAAGAAAAGAGCCAGAGGUCUGACUCAUUUCAUCCAAAAGAGGAAUAGUGGUUUUCGAGUGAAUAAACUUCCCAACAAGAAUGAGCUAUAACCCUAAGAAGAAGAAGAAAUAAGGAAGAACUGGCCAGUAGCCCAAGAAGUAAAUUAGGCUCGUUUAAGAAUUUACACACUCUUGCAGGGCUCACCACUUUAAACCCAAUAUCUUUAAUACGUAAGCGGAAGUGUAGCAAGGAGAAAAUGCAGCUAGAUGCUAUUAAGAACAAGCUAUCUUUGAAUUCUGUUAACCCCUUAAGAGUCCAGGUCAUUAAGAAAUACCAGCUCUCCCAAAAGAAUUACAUGCAGUAUUUGGAGGUAAAAAAUUGUUGGAAGAAAUGGCUACUCAAACAUGCUUAUCAAGCAUACCUUAAAUACAAGGAAAAGCAGGAAAAUAGUACUGACAACAAUGGCUCUUCAAGGCCUAAACCUAAGAAGUCCAAGUUGAUUAUACUGGAAAACAACAAGUUAAUUAAUAAGAAGACUCGUAAUUUUAGGUCUUAAUUUUAAGACAUCAAGAGCGAACUUAAGUUUGCCCAAGAAGUGGUCAACCAAUUCCGAACCAAAAACAAUACAGCUGAAGAAGCACGAAUGGAGCAGCUCAAGAGGAAGAAAACAGUGAAGGGAAAGAAGAUCCUGAAUUUGUUAAGCAGGAAGAAGAAAAGCAAGAGCUUUAAGAUAACAAAUCCUAUCGAGGAUGCAAAAUUGUCAACUAAAAGUAUUUAUGAGAGGAUUUACUCAUCCAAGAGCAUAAAGUCUAGCCAACCUCAUUUGGUUGGUAGCUCAAGUAUUUUUAUGUAUGAUUUCUAGAAUCUGGGAUGAAAAGGUAUAAAGAUUUUGUCAAGAAAUAUCAAGGGAAGGUUAAGGUAUAUUUUCUAGAGCACACUUUUAGAACUUGGCUUCGCUAAAAUCUAAAAUUCAGAAAGGCACAAUUCUGUGAGUUUUCAGUAAGGAAAGGAGGCAGAAAAUUGUCUCUAAGACAGAGAUGUAUAUGAAUAAAUUUAAAGAGAAAAUCGGCUCUAAUGAUUACUGACUUUCUAAGAAAUACAGCGACUUUUCAGCCAAUAAGGUCCAAGAGGCCACUCUAAAGAGGCUUGACACAAAGCACCUCAUUAGCCCAAAACCUUUGAUUCUUAGACAGCACUCCUAAUUACUACCUAACUCAAUUUUU